UGAUUUCAUAAAUUAUAAUUUUGUAUGUGCUCAUCAGGAAUGUCUGCCUACAAUGGACUUAUUCACAAUACGUAUAGAGCCUACUACGUCAAUACAACGAUGAAAAACCAGGCAAAAAGUCUUCCUUCAUGUACAUACUUACCUACUGUAUUCAAUAUGUGAGUUGUUGAAACUAUACUUACUCAUUGAGUCCAGAUAGGUAGGUAUUUAUCAUGAAUUCUGAGUUUUCUCGUACGGUAUUUAUGCUUCUAGUAUUAGUACCAUCACAUUUUUCUAAAGUUAUCCCAAACGAACAUAGUAAGUCGAGAAACAGCAGAAAUUCUACACAACUGAAAAACAACAACAACGAUGAUGCAUCUGCAGAUGUCUUGAACAUAAUGAAACCAGACAAAUUUGAAGAAGAAAAUGAUCAGAGGAAAGUUCAUCAACCAGAAAAACAAAAGAUGAGUUCACCAAAACCUUCGAUAGUUGAUACAGUUUUUCCAGACAGACCAGAUUUGCUUCUGUUAACAUUUCCUUCCGAAUAUGUGGUUCAAGAAAGGGAAAAAUUGCUCGGUAUGGUUGAAAAAAAGUACGGGCAUUUGAUCGAUGCGAGUAUUUUAAGAAAGGUAGCAGAUGGAGAUACAGCAUCGAUGCCUAAUAUAUGGAAUUUAUUGUCAACUUUCGACGUUAAAGGAGCUCUCACUUCAUUACUGGCUCAACAGUUUGUUCAAAAUUACACCACAGCUAACGAGCAUCCAUCUGUGCCUGAUUUAAAGCGACCAGAAUGCAAAAAGUUAUGUAAAGAUAAAGAGAUAGAAUUGAUUAAAUUCAUCAACGGGGCGCUAAUUCGAAUUUCACAAACAGAGCACGAAGGAGAAGAUAUACGAAUUAGAAUGAGGCCAAUCCUGAAGGAAAAAUCUUUCAAGUAUAAAACACUGAAAAAUAACCAUUCGACUUGCACUUGUAUUAACGCUAGAAAAAGUAUCUACGUGAGUCCUCAACUGAAAGAAAUCAUUCACGAUAAAUUUUUUAGCUCUAGUGAAGGCGAAAAAGAAAUUGAAGAUUUAAUCAAUUACACUUUUGAAGAACAUCAAGAUUCAACUGAAAAUAAAAAUUCUGGUUGGAGUUUUUCUACGAUAGGGAACGUGGUUCUGCAUCAGUUUGGAUACGGAUCCGAAAAAACACGAAGUCGAGAACCCAAAAGAUACGAUAAGCAGUAUGUUGCUUCAAAAGCUGAAUGGAUUUUAUUAAAUGCGGUUGUUAAUAUUUUAAUUCUAGGAUUUUGCUUCCCUCUGUGGCCAUUUCAUGUGGUUUUUUUCCUAAUAGGAUAUUUCUUCGUGUAAAUUUUAUUAGAAUAAAAGUGCCUUUCUACCAUAUUGGUAUUGGUGUUAGAAAAUUUACAUUUGGGAAUCUUUGAAUCUGAAGGAGCUUCAGUUCAGAGUCUGAACGUUCAGAGUCAGACACAAAAAAAAUACAGAGUUAGAUAGGUACAUCUUCACUUUCUUCAUCAUGAAAAAAAAAAUAAAAAUAAAAAAUUAAGGUCACUGCAGAAUACAAAUAAUCUGACUAGGUAUGACAGAGACAGAAAAGUGAAGAAUUGAAAACUGUGCCAAUUUUAUUGUCAUCGAAUGUUUUAAAAUUUCAAAUCAAUUCUGAUAAAAACGUGUAAGAUUUACAUAUUUUAAUUAAUUUCUUUUUUAAAAAUAAAAUUAAAAUAAGUAUCAGUCACAUUUUAAAUUUUUUGGAGCAAGA